GAAGACAGGAGAGAGUAUGAGAGAGUAUGAUGAGAUCACCUCCUUCCUGGGAACAUGGGGACGUUUCCAGAAGAUGGUCUUCUUCUCGCUGGCCGUCAGCAUCUUGCCCAAUGGCUUUGUGGGUAUUUACAUUGUGUUUGUGGCCGACACGCCGCCCCACGAGUGUUUGAUCCCGGAGGAGAGCAACAUCAGUGAGAGCUGGAGGAACGUGAGCAUUCCUCUAGUGGAGCAGGACGGACAGGUGAAGCGCAGCUCCUGCAGCAGGUACAGCCUGGAGCACCUGAGGAACUUCUCCCUGCUCAACUACGUCCCCGACGUGGACGUCAACGUCAGCCAGAUUCAGCAGGAGAGCUGUCUGGAUGGAUGGAAGUACAGUAAGGAGAUCUACCAGUCCACUAUCGUCACUGAGUGGGAUCUGGUGUGUGACAAUGAGUACAAAGUACCGCUCACCAGUUCGCUCUACUUUGGAGGGGCACUGGUGGGCACUUUCCUGUCAGGUCUGAUGUCAGACCGACUUGGCAGGCGACCCAUGCUCUUUGUGAUGAUGGUCGUCCAGACGGUAACCACAUUUGCUCAGAUCUUCUCGAACAGCUGGGAGAUGUUUGCUGCCGUCUACUGUCUCUUUGGGUUUGGCAACAUUGCCAACUAUCUGAUCGCUUACGUUCUGGGCUGUGAGACCCUGGGGCCAGCGGAGCGCGUGGUCUUCAGCUCCAUGGGCGUGUUCAUGAGCUCGGCGCUAGGCUCCAUAGCCAUGCCGGCCGCAGCCUUCCUCCUGCGCCAGUGGCAGUGGCUCGUGGGCGCCAUGGUGGCGUCUGGACUGCUCUAUGUUCCGCUGUGGUGGCUGAUCCCAGAGUCGCCCCGCUGGCUUCUGUCUCAGGGGAGGGUGGAGGAGGCUGAGGCCAUUCUGAGAAAUGCAGCCAGGAUGAACAAGGUUACCGUUCCCCAAGUCAUCUUCACACCUGAUGAGAUUGAAAACUUCCUUGGAAAUAAAGAGAAAACAUACUCAAUUCUUGAUGUGCUGAGAAGCAUCAGUGUCUCUUCAGUGGUGGGAAUCUGUUCCCUCUUAUGGAUGGUCAUCAUCCUUGGCUACAGCUGCCUGAUCCUGAACACCUCAAACCUGUCUGGCAGCCCCUACCUCAACGCCUUCUUGUCGGCCGCAGUGGAGGCGCCUGCUUACGUCAUUGCCCUACUCCUGCUAAAGUUCUGCUCCCGCCAUGUGUGCCAAUCCUCCACCCUGCUGCUAGGGGGCACUGUUAUCCUCUUUAUACGUUUCAUCCCCGCAGACUUUCCUGGCCUGGCCAUAGCUUUUGAGAUGUUGGGGAAGUUCGGCAUCACGGCGGCAUUCUGCGUGGUCUACUCCGUGACCUCGGAGCUCUUCCCCACCGUGGUGAGGAACACGGCCAUGGGGAUCUGCUCCAUGGCCGCCCGCGUCGCCUCCAUCCUCUCCCCCUUCAUCAUUUACUUGGGGAAAUCUCACAAGUUUCUGCCUUACAUUAUAAUGGGAAGCCUGGCCAUCUUUGGAGGCCUUCUCUGUCUCCUGUUACCUGAGACAUAUGGAAAAGUCCUACCAGAAACCAUCACAGAAAUGCAGACCAUGAAAGGAUUGAAGAGAAACAAGGCCCCUAAUCCGGACAUUGGACACCGCCAGUAUGUGCAAAAAGAAGCAAAGUUUUAGUCAGAAAUGUACUAAUUUAUUGACAAGUUCUGGUUCUAUCUA